CUCCUAAUUUAAUGUUCGGUUUGCGCAACAACAACAAAAAAAGAGAGAGAGAGAGAGAACAAAACAUUCUCAAGUUUCGUGUUACUUCACCGAGUUUCAUUUUUAAUUCUUGAAACUUCUUGCUUCUUCUUGUCCAAAUCUCACCUUAGAGUAGUAUUAAAAGAAAAAAAACAAUAAUAUAUAGUAUACUCAGGUGAUUUCAACAGCUAAAACCAAGCUCUGUUCUUCAAACUCAAGCUUCCAACUUCACUGAUUCACACAUCUGAGCUUUUUUAAUCCAAAAAGUUCAGAUUUUUUGUUGUUGUUGUUCUUGGGUGUAUACUUUUUUUUGGUCUUUUGUUGUUCCUGAUGUUGUCCAAAAGUGUUUUUGCUGUCUCUUUCGUAAUCAUUUUCUUGUACGGUAACUUGUUUACCGAAGCUGAAGGGAUCGGUGUGAACUGGGGCUCACAGGCAAGUCAUCCUCUCCCUCCAGCAACCGUGGUGAAGCUUCUCCAGGACAACGGAAUCCGAAAGGUGAAACUUUUCGAAGCCGACUCACAGAUUCUCAGAGCCUUAAGUCGGUCAGGGAUUCAGGUCAUGGUCGGAAUCCCUAACGACUUACUUGCUCCUAUUGCCGGAAGCGUUGCAGUUGCAGAGAGAUGGGUCUCUCAAAACGUCUCUGCUCAUGUCUCCUCCAACGGCGUUGAUAUCAGGUAUGUGGCUGUUGGGAACGAGCCUUUCUUGAAGUCAUUUAACGGAACAUUUGAGAGUAUAACACUCCCUGCUCUUCAGAACAUACAAUCAGCUCUCAUCAAAGCUGGUUUAGCGAAUCAGGUGAAAGUCACAGUCCCCCUCAACGCUGACGUGUACGAAAGUGCUUCUAACCUACCGUCUGAUGGAGACUUCAGAGCUGAAAUACGCGAUCUCAUGAUCAGUAUAGUCAAGUUUCUAAGUGAUAACCAAGCUCCCUUCACUAUCAACAUCUACCCUUUCAUAAGUCUCUACAACGACCCUCACUUCCCUGUGGAGUUCGCCUUCUUUGAUGGAACAGGCUCUCCUGUUAAUGACAACGGGAGAAUCUACGACAAUGUUCUUGAUGCAAACUACGAUACACUGGUCUGGUCUUUGCAGAAGAACGGGUUUGGUAACAUGUCUAUUAUUGUUGGUGAAGUUGGGUGGCCUACGGAUGGAGAUAAGAACGCGAAUAUGCAGUACGCGAGGAGGUAUAAUCAAGGGUUUAUGAACCGUCAAAAAGCUGGGAGAGGAACACCUAUGAGACCAGGAGCAAUGGAUGCUUACUUGUUUAGUCUUAUAGAUGAAGAUGCUAAGAGUAUACAGCCAGGGAACUUUGAAAGACAUUGGGGGAUUUUUUACAUUGAUGGACAGCCUAAGUAUCAGUUGAGUCUUGGAAAUGCUAAUGGGUUGAUUCCUGCGAAGGGUGUGCAUCAUAUGGCGAAGAAAUGGUGUGUUCUUGCUCCAUCAGCUAAUCUUCAGGAUCCUCAACUUGGACCAAGUGUGAGUUAUGCUUGUGAUCAUGCUGAUUGUACUAGUCUUGGGUAUGGUUCCUCUUGUGGUAACUUGGAUCUAGCGAAGAAUGUUUCGUAUGCGUUUAAUAGCUAUUACCAGGUGAGUGAUCAGCUUGAUAGUGCAUGUAAGUUUCCGGGGUUGUCUGUGGUUACUACGAGUGAUCCUUCUGUUGGGAGUUGUAAGUUCAAGAUAAUGAUCAAGUCAGAUUCUUCAGGUAGUGAAGCGAUGAGAAGAUCAGCGACAGUGUUGAUACUCUUGUUGACGUGUCUGUAUAUUGUUCUGUGAAUACUCUGAAGAAAGUUGGAUGGUUUUGAUUAUUUCCUUUUUGUUAAAGAAUAAAGAAGAAGGUUGUAACUCUCAUUGUCUUAUUCAUCACGUGCACAUAC